AUGAAGUUCUCCAUCAUCAACGCCACCGUUCUCUGCUUCGCUGCGCUGUCCAUCGCUGCCCCCCUCAUGAACACCAAUGACAUCUCCGAUCUCGUUGAGAGGGACUUCGAAAUUGACGAGUUCGACGUGCGUGAAUGGUUCGACCUCGAGCCCCGUACUGGUGAAUUCCACGCCGCUGCGCCCAACACCAAGAAGGCUGCGCACGCGUUCAUCAACAGCGCGAAGAAGGGCGGUCAGCUCCAUCGCGCUUCCGCCGGGGGCAGCUCCGCAAAGACUACCAAAUCCAAUGGCGCCUUCCACCUUGACCGCCAACAACCCACCAAUGCCCAUGGCUCACACAAGGUCGCAGUUCAGUUGAACAAGGUCGGCAAAGGCAAGCCCAGCACGGUCGGCCAAGUUGCUAUCCACGGUGGACACCACCCAUCCGGCGGACGGGUCGCGAAAGCUUUGAAGCACUCCGUGACGACUGGCAAAGAGACACACAUCAACCACCCGAACAGUAAGAAGGCGAAGAACAUUGCCCACAACAAGGCGCAGCAGGCCGCGAAGGCGUCCCGCAACCAGGCCAAGCAGAAGGCCGGUAACGCCAGGGCCUCCCAGGGCAUUUUCAAGAAGGGCAGGAAGUAA